CAACACAUAGGUUAAGGUUAAAGAGGACUGCUGCAACUAUAUAAGUGAAAAACUCGAGUGACAUUUUAUCCAAGAACGAGAAAAUAGGCAAGAUGCGACAGUUCAUUCUCACCACAUGUCUCCUGGCUUCACUGGCAGUUCGACAAACUUCGGCUGAGGUAAACAGGAGCCCUCCAGUGAGCAAUGCCGCCUUCUACCCGUACGGGCCCGGUACUGCAGACAUUCUGGACUCUCCCGCGGAUGACAGCUCUUCGGGAGAACAGAGUCUCAGUAUUGCAUUUCCAUUCUUCGAAGAAACCUACAAUUCUCUUUGGGUGAAUACCAAUGGAGACAUUUCCUUUGGUGGGUCGGUAACAGGCUUCACACCAAUUCCGUUUCCGGUGGAAGAUAACAAACUCAUAGCCGGUUACUUCACCGACAUCAAAACAAGCUAUGACGGCCGUUCUGGCUACAUUUACCAUCGGGAAACAACUGAUGCCACUGUGUUAUCCAGAGCAACUACGGACAUCCAGACAGCCUUUCCCGCCGAACACGGCAGCUUCGUGGCGAUCUGGGCCUACAUCGCAACCUGGCACGAAGUAGCAUUCUUCGGGUCGAGUGGAGCUUCUCGUAAUCUUCGGAACACGUUUCAACUGGUGCUGAUUACAGAUGGCUGUAAGUCCUUUUGUCUGUUUAACUACGACCGGAUCGACUUCUUACAAGGGAGCACCAACGGCGGAGAUUCGGAAACUGGCACAGGGCCAAACCCGGCACAGGUUGGGGUCAACGGAGGCGAUGGGAUCCAUUAUACCCCUCACCCUUACUCGACUUCCACUGAUCUGUACAACCUUCCAACUUGGACAGAUCCGGCUGUGCCCGGGCCUCCCGGAAGGUGGUAUCGUAGGGUUGACAGGAAAAUAAUCGGCGACACCCCACAAGGUUGCCCUCCCUCAUACGAAUUUUACGGGGAUAAAUGCGUAAAGCUGCAAGAACACCCCCUUGAUUAUGCUGCUGCAAUAUCCAAAUGCGAGGCAGAAGGGGCGAGGCUCUUCAAUAUCCGCAGCCAGGCUGACAACGAGUGGUUAACCGAUCAACUUCAUUUGUUUGUGAGUGGCAAAUUGUAUCAGCGUGGUUUUUGGAUUGGUCUGACUGAUGAAGACACCGAAGGCACAUUCGUGUGGGAGGACGGCACCACUUUGUGUCCAACCAGUUACACCAACUGGGCUGGAGACGCUCUUGCAUCGAACGACGGGACCCGUAAUUGUGUCUACAUCAGCAGGGGAUACAAUGGGAAGUGGUCCAUUAAAGGCUGUGACGACAAAAAGAAGAGCAUCUGCGUUACGGAUGCAGAAAUACCGACAUGCCCUUAGCUCUCUCACCUCCAUCAAUAUCAAAGCGUUAAGAUGCAAAACGACUUGAUAUUGCAACUAUUUGAUGGGCAUGAAGCCACUCUGUUAUCCUAAGUCAAACCGCUACUAUAUCAUUACCAUAUUAUCAUUCGUUAAAGUGUUUCUGACACUAAUGGCAUCAAAGUGUAAUCUAUAAUUGCCUGAUUAUAUUCAAUGGUAAUAGUUGUGCUCACAGACUACAGACAUCUGUGCUAGAUGUACACCCUUCUCAUAUUAUUGAACAUUUAAAAAAAUCCAAGAUCGGACCUUAAGAUUUUGAUUGUUGACGCUAAGUAAUUGAAUUAAACGUCGGGUUACACCACAGAAGCCGAGUUCAAGACUGUCAACUGAUAGGAACAAAAGGUCAGAUUAUAAACGACAGCAAAACGCAUCUCCAGCAAUGUCAUUUCCUUGUUGUUUACACCAUAUACUCCUCAAACUCAACGAUUCUUGAUAACUUACAAUAAAACGACUAUGA